AUGUCGUUCAUGAAACUGCUCCCACAGGAUGCCUCCCCGUACGAGGACUUCAGCGAAGCGCUCAACUUCGCGAAGCUCUCGCCAGAUACGCGGAAGGUAUGGGCGGCGGCGCUGGGGGAGGACAAUCUGCAGGAGGGCAUCUUUAUCGCGGCGUUUCGGGACGCUGACUUCGUCCAAGCGGCCGGGAGGAGCGACGCCUCGCCCGUCGUGAAGAUGCGCAUCAACAUCUUCGUCAACGUCCUCUGCCAGGCGCACGGCAUGGAUGUGUCUGACGUGUUCGCCCCGGCCAUGCCCCCAGCGCCGCCCACUCUGGGAGGAGCGCUGGCGACCGCUGCCGAGGAGUCCACGAAGGGGGAGGAGGAUGCUGUGUCGUUGCGGGUCAGAGAGAUCUUCGACCAGGGGUGUAAGCUUGUGUUCAAGCCUCGCCCCGAUUCGGAGAUCCGGGCUGCUCGGGCCAAGUGGACUGCGGCCAACAAGCUGGAGCCGGAGCGCAGCGUGAAUCCGAGCAACAACCAGAUUUCCAUCCUCCUCAGCCUCAAGUCGGUGGACUGGAACAUGCUGGGCUUCGACAUGGGUGUCUUCGGUCCCUUCGACGCCCGGAGGCAGAGGCACAUGAUGCUGAAGGCCCACCGGUUUGGGCCAGACGGCGUGUACCAUCCGUUCGAGAUGUCUGGCGCCCUGGACCUCGACGACUGGAAGCAGGCGUGGGACUUCGCAACCACGGGCUUCGUCAUGACGGAGGCCUUGGAGCGCGGCGUCGCCGACGCGUACAAGGCCCACUUUUUCAAGUUGUGCGAGAACUACAAGGAGGCUUGGUGGGUCUGUGCCCAGGCCGAUUGGGAAUUUCGCAUGGAGUGGUGCGUGGAAGAACGCCGCCGGCAGGAGGAGUUCAGCCGGCAGCACACCAGCGUGAGCACGUUCGACCCGAGCAUGCCGUGGAAUUCUGAACAGGCGCGGAAGUGGAUCAAUUCGGCGGAGUCGGUCAAGAAUCCGAGCUGGGUCAGUCGGCAAGCUGCUCUGGCGGGGCCGCAGGCCUCCCGGACCGCUUCGUGCGGUGCUGCUGCGUCC